UCUGCAGACAUUAUUAUUAUAUUCAUCCAUGGCUUCUAAAGAUCUAAGUCGUCUUAGUAGUCGUAGACACCUUCAUCUGAGAGCAGACAAAGCGAAACUCUCCGACCUAUUUCGCGUACUAUCGAAUCGCGACAUAGAAAGCCAAGACUUGGACUUCAUAGAUGGCAUCCGAGAGCAAACCACAACCUUUGAGCGUCGAGGGAUAAUCUUUCUCUCCAUCUUCUUCCAGAAGUAUUUUCACUGCGUUUCAAAGCCUUUGUCUUGGUUUGGUUCCAAGUUUGAGUUUUGGCUCAACCUUGUCUCGCAUAACAAAAGCUUUUUUACCACGUUGUUUCGUGCUUUGCAAGGUACAUUGGAGAUGCCGGAUGAAAAAUCGUGUAGCUAUGUGUCGUUCAUUGGGUACUUAGACAAGAGAGUGGAUUUGGGGAAGUUCAAACCAGGAGACAAAAAAUAUUUUGGAGCAGUUUGUGCCGUGGCAUCCAAAGUAUCCUACGAGAACAAGGCAUUCAUCGGGUCUGUGGUCGAACAUCGUUGGGAGAUGGACUUCUUGGGCGCUUAUGAUUUUUGGAAUGAGUAUCAGCAGACAUUAUCAACACAAGGCUUCAUGUUCCACGACAAGACCACCGAUCCCGACACCAUCUUCGUGGUGUUCAGAGGUACGGAGCCUUUCAACGCAGAGGAUUGGCGUACGGACUUCGAUUUAUCCUGGUACGAGUUCGCCAGCAUGGGGAGAGUCCACUGCGGUUUCAUGAAGGCCCUGGGCCUACAAAAGGACGAAACAUGGCCCACAGAAAUCCAAGAAAACCCCCAACGCCCAGUGGCCUACUAUUUCAUAAGGCGAAAACUCAGAGAAAUGUUGAAGAAAAACAGUCGCACGAAGUUCAUUGUGACAGGCCACAGCCUGGGAGGCGCACUGGCGGUUCUAUUUGCGGCGGUUUUGGCGUUGCACGGCGAAGAAUCCGUACUGGAGAGGUUGGAGGCGGUGUAUACGUUUGGGCAGCCCAGGGUGGGAGAUGAGGAGUUUAAGGGGUUCAUGGAAGAGCAGUUGAGGGUUUAUGGUGUUAGGUACUAUAGAUUUGUUUAUGGGCAUGAUAUUGUGCCUAGACUGCCCAUUGAUGAUGCGGCCAUGAUGUUUAAACACUUUGGGACGUGUCUCUACUACAAUUGCCUAUUCCAAGGACAGGUUGUGGAAGAGGAACCAUACAAGAACUAUUUUUCCUUAGGAGCAUUUGUAACGAAGAGGGUGGAUGCUCUAUGGGAAAUUGUGAGAGGCUUUCUUCUUCCUCGUAUAUAUGGAGCUGAAUAUAAAGAAGGAUGGGUUCUCAAAGGUUGUAGAUUGUUUGGACUCUUCAUCCCUGGCUUUCCUGCUCAUGGUCCUCAAGAAUAUAUCAACUCCAUCCGUUUGGGAGAAGCUGACUUAUUUUAUUAAAUUAUUUUUUUAAAAAUGUAUAUUAUUGUUAUUAGUCUGGUAAAUAAAUAACUUACAUGAUUUGUAUUAUAACUAUAUACCAUUAGAACAUUGUAUAUAUAUCCUAUAUAUAUUGGACUGAAUAAUGAAUA